GGGAUAGAAGUACAGGGUGACUUCAUUCACCUUGAUAUUUCAAACUGUUGGCAAUUAUCUCUGUUUUACUUGUCUUCUUGCGCUCGACCCCCUAGUUUUUACUGAAAAAUGUUAGAGAAGUUGAGGCAGAAAAGCUGACUGAGGUUGUGAUGAUAUUUUCCAUGAUGUUCUACCCUGUAUGGUGAAGUGUGAAGGUCUGGAAAACUUGAAUUAACUCUAGAGGACUUUGUAUCGGAUACUACUUGGAAGACCAGACAGCAUUUUAAGGAGCAUCCUUGAAGGUGCACAGAAAAUAUGCAGCUGUCCGAACAAGGUGUAACUGCUUAUCUCUAAAGCAAGAUUCACAACAGAAGAAACACUGUUCUCACAAGUCUGAUUUAUGUGGAGACAGAAGCUCACUUUGCAGCUGUGUUAGAUACAUUAUGUUCUACCAUUGCCUGUGUGCCUGCUUUGUCUGACCUCCUGUGGAUACCAACAGCAAACAAAUGUUCUGAACAGAAACAAAAGGAAAACAAUGGCCUGUCUUACAAUGGCUAAUAUAGAAGGCACAGCAACUGCCACUGUACACCAGAAUGGUGACAUCCUUGGGAAUACUAGGGCACCCAAGCAGACAGAGCCAUUGCUUCAAGUGUACCUUUAUUAUUCACCUGGGAAGACAGGAGGAGAUUAUCUUCAAUUUCCAGUUGGAGAAUACAUUGCAGAAGAGAUUUGCAUUGUUGCCUGCAAAGCAUGUGGUAUCAUGCCAGUGUAUCAUAACAUGUUUGCACUCAUGAGUGAAACAGAUAGAGUUUGGUAUCCUCCAAAUCACAUUUUUCACAUAGAUGAAGGAACCAGACUAAUACUACUGUACCGGAUAAGGUUUUAUUUUCCUCACUGGUAUUGCAAUGGCACAAGCAGAGCAUAUCGCUAUGGCAUUAUUCGGGGUUCAGAAAGCCCUGUUCUUGAUGAUCUUGUCAUGUCUUACCUAUUUGCACAGUGGCGAGAUGAUUUUUUGGGUGGAUGGAUACAGAUGCCUGUCACUCAUGAAACGCAGGAAGAAUGCCUUGGAAUGGCAGUUCUGGAUAUGAUGAGGGUGGCCAAGGAAAAGGACCAAACCCCACUGGCUGUUUACAACUCAAUCAGCUACAAAAUGUUUUUGCCUAAAUGCGUGCGAGCAAAGAUCCAAGAAUACCACAUUUUGACUCGAAAGAGAAUAAGGUACAGGUUCCGUAAAUUCAUACAGCAGUUCAGCCAGUGCAAAGCUACUGCCAGGAACUUGAAACUUAAGUAUCUCAUAAAUUUGGAAACCCUUCAGUCUGCCUUCUAUUCAGAGGUUUUUGAAGUAAAAGAACCUGGUGGAGAUCCUUCUGGAGAAGAAAGUUUUGCAACUAUUGUAAUAACUGGAAAUGGUGGAAUUCAGUGCUCAAGAGGAAAACUUAAAAACUGUGAGACGCUGGCAGAGCAGGAUUUACAAACAUAUUGUGAUUUUCCUGAUAUCAUUGAUGUGAGCAUUAAACAAGCAAGUCAAGAAGGUUCCAGUGAGAGGAGAAUUGUCACCAUUCACAAACAAGACAGCAAGAAUCUGGAGGCUGAAUUUCAGUCUUUAAGAGAAGCUCUCUCCUUUGUGUCAUUAAUUGAUGGAUAUUACAGAUUAACUGCAGAUGCCCACCAUUAUCUCUGCAAAGAAGUAGCACCACCAUCAGUGCUUGAAAAUAUACAAAGCAAUUGCCAUGGACCAAUUUUCAUGGACUUUGCUAUCAAUAAACUGAAGAAGGCAGGUAAUCAGACUGGCUUCUACGUUCUUCGUUGCAGUCCUAAAGAUUUUAAAAAAUACUUCCUCACAUUUGCUAUUGAGCGUGAGAAUGUCACUGACUAUAAACAUUGCUUAAUUACGAAGAAUGAGAAUGGGGAAUAUAAUCUUAGUGGAACCAAGAGAAGUUUUGGUAAUCUUAAGGAUCUAUUGACCUGCUAUCAGACAGAAACUGUCCGCUCAGACAGCAUAAUUUUCCAGUUCAUCAAGUGCUGUCCUCCAAAACCAAAAGAUAAAUCAAACCUCCUUGUCUUCAGAAGCAAUAGUGUCUCUGAUGUACCUUCAUCACCAACUUUGCAAAGGCACAAUGUUAGCCAGAUGGUCUUUCACAAAAUCCGGAAUGAGGACUUGAUUUUUGAAGAGAGUCUUGGACAGGGCACAUUUACAAAGAUUUUCAAAGGUAUACGGAAAGAAGUAGGAGACUAUGGCCAGCUCCAUCAAACUGAAGUUCUUUUAAAGGUUCUGGAUAAAGUGCAUAGAAACUACUCUGAGUCCUUCUUUGAGGCAGCAAGUAUGAUGAGCCAGCUUUCUUACAAACAUUUGGUAUUAAAUUAUGGAGUCUGUGUGUGUGGAGAGGAGAAUAUCCUUGUACAAGAAUAUGUGAAAUUUGGAUCUUUGGACACAUAUUUGAAAAAGAACAAAAACGUUAUUAAUAUCUUGUGGAAACUGGAAGUUGCCAAGCAGUUGGCACUAGCCAUGCAUUUCCUGGAGGAUAAAGGCCUUGUUCAUGGGAAUGUCUGUGCAAAGAACAUCUUGCUUAUCAGAGAAGAGGACAGGAAGUCUGGAAACCUUCCUUUUAUAAAACUAAGUGAUCCUGGCAUCAGUAUCACAGUUUUGCCAAGAGACAUUCUUCUUGAGAGAAUACCAUGGGUUCCACCUGAAUGUAUUGAGAACCCCAAACAACUGAGCCUAGCUACAGAUAAGUGGAGUUUUGGUACCACUUUAUGGGAAAUCUGCAGUGGAGGAGAUAAACCACUGAGCGCUCUCGAUUCUUCAAGAAAACUACAGUUUUAUGAAGAUCGACACCAGCUUCCUGCCCCCAAUUGGACAGAGCUAGCAAAUCUGAUAAACAACUGUAUGGAUUAUGAGCCAGAUUUCAGGCCAUCAUUUAGGGCAAUUAUACGUGACUUGAAUAGUUUGUUCACUCCUGAUUAUGAGUUAUUGACAGAAAAUGAUAUGUUGCCGAAUAUGCGAACUGGAGCUCUUGGAUUUUCUGGGGCCUUCGAAGAUCGGGACCCAACACAAUUUGAAGAAAGACAUCUUAAGUUUUUACAGCAACUUGGCAAGGGAAACUUUGGCAGUGUUGAGAUGUGCCGGUAUGAUCCCCUACAGGAUAAUACUGGGGAGGUGGUGGCUGUGAAAAAGCUGCAACAUAGUACAGAGGAGCACCUUAGGGACUUUGAAAGAGAAAUUGAAAUACUUAAAUCUCUGCAGCAUGAUAACAUUGUUAAAUACAAAGGAGUUUGCUACAGUGCAGGUCGUAGGAAUCUGAGAUUAAUUAUGGAAUAUCUACCAUAUGGAAGUUUACGGGAUUAUCUGCAGAAACACAAAGAGAGAUUGGACCACAAAAAGCUUUUGCUAUAUGCAUCUCAGAUAUGCAAGGGCAUGGAGUAUCUGGGCACAAAAAGAUAUGUUCACCGGGACUUAGCAACAAGAAAUAUCUUAGUGGAGAAUGAGAACAGAGUUAAAAUUGGAGAUUUCGGAUUGACUAAAGUCUUGCCACAAGACAAGGAGUACUACAAAGUGAAAGAACCUGGUGAAAGCCCUAUAUUUUGGUAUGCUCCAGAGUCUCUGACAGAGAGCAAAUUUUCUGUGGCUUCAGAUGUAUGGAGUUUUGGUGUGGUCUUGUAUGAACUCUUCACUUACAUUGAAAAGAGCAAAAGUCCACCAGCUGAAUUCAUGCGCAUGAUUGGCAAUGAUAAACAAGGGCAGAUGAUUGUAUUUCAUUUGAUAGAGCUUUUGAAGAACAAUGGACGACUUCCAAGGCCAGAUGGAUGCCCUGAUGAGAUUUAUGCUAUCAUGAAAGAAUGUUGGAACAACAACGUUACUCAGCGGCCCACCUUUAGGGAUCUUGCUCAGCGAGUGGAUCAAAUAAGGGACAACAUGGGUGGAUGAGGAAACUGUCCCUCCUUAAGAGCAUGUAUUAGGAUGCAAACAAAAUGUACUUGGUUUGCUGUGUAUAAUUGACAUAUGUGCACUUGUGCAUUUACCUUUGCUGGAAGUAAAAUCUGCAUGGCAAAUAUCUUAUAUGAAUCUGCAAACUGAGGAACCCUGCUGGUUUUCUUGAUCAGGAUAUAUUUGUUACUGUGAGAACAUGUUGAAAUUCUCAAUAGGGAAAGAAAUUAUUUUUCUAAAUUGAAUAAUAUAAUAUAUGGUCAGUCUACAAAACCAUUAUUUGCCUUAUUUGGCAAGCAAAAAAGAGGUGAGAAAUAUGUGAGAUUAAGAAAUGAUAAGACUAUUUCCUUGUUGAAAUGGAGAUACAUAGAAAAGACAUGUAGUCUUUUCACUGUGAAUAUGUAGUGAGUGACUGCACACCCUGUUCUGUGUGUUGCACAAGGGCUUUGUUUUGUUAAUGUGCUUUUGUAACUUUUUAUUGUUGUUGCAGAAGUGGCUUCUCUGUAUAACAAAAUGGAAUUGGUUAUGUAAUCCAGCAACUUUUAAUGUGCCUGUCUGAAUCAAUGAUCAGUCAGCAGCAUAUGCAAAGAAACAUAGUCCAUGUGAUAUACUGUAAGUAUUUCUAGGGGAAGGAAAAGGAAGUGAAUUGUUUUUAAUUUGGACAGCCAGAUAACUCACUUGUGUGAGAAUUGUAAUUUAAGUUGGAAAAGAAAAUAGUGACAAUUUUUUUGUAUUUUUUUCCCUGAAGUAUUAGAUUCCCUUUACAUAUUUGAGGAUACAGUGAUAACAAGUAGAAUUGAAGACAUUUCAUAGGAGACCAUCUUCAGAUUGUUUCUGAAUAUGAAAAAGCCAAACAUACUGCUUUUGAAUGUUGCUCUUUUACUCCUUCCAUCUUUGUAUUUUUUAUGCUGUCCUCAGUGUACCUGUAAAUUGGAAACUUCCUAAAAACAGAAUUAAAAAUGUAGAAAAUGCCCUUCAAUUCCUCACUUUGUUAUGAUCAUGAUCUUGUAUGUUCCUUCCAGUACCCUAAAAAGAAGGUUUAUUGCUCAGUGUAUGAUAUGGUCAGUCACCACUCGAAGUCAUUGAGUCAACUUUGGGCCAAUUCUUUUUAAAAAUCUCCAUUUCUUCCUGUUUUAAGACCUAGCCUGUGACCAUUUGGAAGAAGGAAAGUAUAAGUACAAUUGCUUCACAUUUAGCUGGAGGCAAGAACAUGAUCCCAGUUAAUGAGAACUGGAAGGAGGUUAAAGUUACCUGAACAGAUUACUGUGUGUAAUUCCACAUCUGAAGUAAAUCUAACAAAUUUGUAGACAAGGCAACUAAUUGGUUUUGCCUCCAAGCAUGAAACUUGGGAAUAAUCUUGUAUCUUAAAGCAGUGAACGUUUCAGGUUUUGUUUAUUUAAAUUCAAAUGAUCUGUUAUUUUUACAUAUUCUUAUAUGUUGUUUGUAAAAUACUAGGCUUGUUGUUCUUGAACUUUUGCUGAGGUUCAAUUAAGGCUACACAAGCUCACAAACCCUUAAAAUCCAUAAUGUAUUUAAAAUGAAGUGUUCGUUUUUGAAAUUUGUGGCAGUGAAUUUGUGGAAUACAGGGACUGCUUUGCUGUGAGGCCUCAUUAAGAUUCAUGAUUAAUUACAUCCAUCUACUCAGAAGUUUAAGUAACUACAAUUAAAAAGUAAGAAUUUCUUGCUCAGUGCAACAUAGUGCCAGUAUAGCAAUGUUUUGUACCACUGAUCUUUCUUUCCCACAAUUGCUCAUUCAAGGUUAUGAUUUUAUAAUACGGGAGACUGCUAAGUAGUGGCGGCAGCAUCAGCCCUCUUUCUGCCCCUUGCAUUUAAUAAAAAUGUUGUUGGGCUUUCUUCCUAUGAAACUCUUUCACAGAACCUUUGAAUUGAUUUUGCCAGCAGCUUAUAAGCUGCAAAGAACUUUUGAGUACUCCUAUGUGUGUUUUCUCAGUUUCUGUAUGCUGCUUUCAAGACGAUUUAGAAGUUUCAGGCAAGGAGCACCUUUGCAUUUGUACUCUCAGUUGUGUGUACAUGUUUUUUGUAGCAAAAGAAGAUAAAGCUUUAAAGCAUCGAAGCAACAUUUUAGCUGGGGUAACGUAUGCAGGAACUGUGUAAAAUUUGCAGUGUGGCAGUUGAUAGCUGACUGGUUUCCAAUAUAUAAUAGACUAACAAUAAUUUAUGUAAGAAUCUCAGGGAAGUUUGUGUAAUGCAAUGAACAGAUCUUCCAGUCUGCUAUUUUUUCAACUGAAUAAAAAGUCUUUUGCUUGUUCUACUACCAUGUGAUUGAUUAAAUAGUCUGAUUGCUUAAAUGUAAUGUGGAAUUCAAGGAUAAUUUUUUUUAAGUUUUGUGGACUUUUUGCUUCAAUACUUUAUAAUUUUUAGAGAAAGCCGUACCUUUACACUGCAGUAUAACUUUGUGCUGUUGGUCAGGAGCAUAUGUAGUCCAUUGUACCAAGUAGGUCUGUGCAAAGGGCUUGAUCAUCCAGGAUAAGUAUUCUUCACUGGAUGAGUAGGACCAAGUAGUGCUUAGGACUCAGGGGCUGUGUGUGAUCAUCUGCAGUGUCAAUGUUUAGGUCUUGGAGCAGACAGAAUCAUGGUUUUCUCAAAAAAAAAUGUAAAGGUUGUAAACACAAUGAUUUGUUGAAUUUGCUAAUGCCACAUGUAGUAUCCUUGUUAAAAAAUAAAAUUAAAUUAAAAAAAAAACAAAAAACACAGAAAUAAACCCCCACAAAAACUGCAUUUCAAGAGCAAAUCUAUUGUAGAUUUGUAGAAUGCCAUAUUUUUAUAUAGUAUUUUUAUUAACAGAAUCAUAUUUUUGUUUUUGAAACUUUCUUCAGUUGGCAUUGCGUUUGUCACACUUUAGUGUAGUCAAUAUGCUACCCAAAAUGCUGUGAUUUACUGUAGGAAAAGUGCUGUUUUAUGCAUACAUGACUGCUGCUACAACAUAGAAUGAAGAUACUAACUACUGCUUUGCACUUAUUUCAAGUGAAUUGUUCUCCUGUAAGUGCACAGUGUAUCUUAAAAAAUCUACAAACAACUAUUGUGUAAUGUAAUAUAAUAUUGGUUUGUUACCUAUCAGUAUAAAUAGCCUAGCCUUCAAAAUCCAUUUUUAAAUAUCAUCACAACCUUGCAACAGUCAUGUAAUAAGCCUGAGGAGGAACGGAUUUUCGAGAAAAGAAACCCAAACUUUGUCAAGUUGUGUUAUUGAUUAAAAGCUUCCAUUGUUGAGAUAGUUACCACUAUACAUACAGCCAAAACUAUUAAAAAGAUGUUAAAUUAUUUGAAUUAGUUUUAGAAAUCAAGUCUUUAAUUGUUGUGUUUGCUGAAGUAUGGCCAGCUGUAUUGAAAUGUUUGAGAAAAGACUGCAUGAAGUAUAAAGAAAUGUUACUCUUGUGUAAAGAAAGCAAACUUUUCAGGAAUGUCUGAGCACAUAAAGCUGGAGGAUAGACUCUGAGAGCAGGAGUGGAAGCACAGAACUACAGGAGGACUUCUGGAAAAGGCUGUUGUUAAACAGUGAAGAAGCAUUCUGAAAUGCACAACAAUUUACAAAUACACUGGUAAUGUCUACUGAAAAUGCCAUAUCAUUACAAAUGUGCUAAUGUAUUUCUGAACUGUGUGUUGUCUGCCUUAAAUCUAAAAUUCGUAGAGACCUAAUCCUGAGUGAAAAAUGCAAGAAUGACUACACCAAAAGAAACUGCUUAAAAUUGUUCAAUGCCAGACAGCAAUCUUAAAAGGUAUUUAAGUUUUUUUUUUUUUUUCUUUCCUGAAUCUUGCUUUUUAAAUAAGAGUUUUACAAUACUUUAUAUUAAAGUAGAAAAAGUCCCUUUGGGGGAAUGGAGAAGAAAACUCAUGUUACUUGUAGUUGGACUUCAAAUAUUUGGAUACAUGGCUUGUUGGAGAGAACGUAAAGGGGGAUAUUUUCUAGAAAACUAUGUAUUAAUGACUGAAACUUAUCUGUGCUUUUCUUUUGAGUUUGGUUAGUAAAAAAUAAAAUAACUGAACACAA